GGGUCCGGAAUGAAGGAAAAAUAGUUAAUUCUGGCGUGGAACAAAUUAAUUCAGUUGACAUUACUAGUAGUUUAAUUCCGCGUUGGGAGAAAAAUCAAACCCUAGCGUAACAAAACCCUAGCCAUACUUGACACCAAAUCAGAAUAAAAUACAUACAUCACAAAAUUCUCAAUAUUCAAUCAGUAGUAAGAUGGAAGAGAUUACGGAAGGAGUGAACAAGAUGGAGAUUGUGGAAUCUCUGAAGAAGAAUCGAAUUCAAGUUUCCUAUACUAAGAAGCCCCUUUUCUUCUACGUUAAUCUCGCCAAGAGAUACAUGCAGCAAUACAACGAGGUUGAGCUUUCAGCACUUGGAAUGGCAAUUUCAACAGUUGUCUCAGUCGCUGAAAUUCUGAAGAAUAAUGGAUUUGCUGUUGAGAAGAAAAUCAUGACAUCCACUGUGGAAAUAAAGGAUGACGCCAGGGGAAGGCCCAUUCAGAAAGCCAAGAUCGAAGUUGUGCUUGGAAAAACAGCAAAUUUUGAUGAACUAAUGGCUGCAGCUCAAGAGGCCAGAGAAAUGGGUAAUGGGGACGAGCAGAACUGAGAAAAACCGUUUCAUCUCGUGCGACUGGAUUGGUGUCAAGACAAUCUAUAGUUUUGUGGCUCUGAUUUUGUAUCACAAUUUUCUUUAAAGAUGUUAUGGCUUUGACUGAUUUUUUUGAUCCAUGUUUUUUAAUUUUUCAAAAACUCGAGCAUAUUCUCUUUUUAGACGGGUUAAUUGUCGUUUGUUGAUUGAUUGAUCUUAUUCUUUGGAAGUGAAUUGCUAUAGUAUACUAGUGUUGAAACGUUA